AUGAGCCUUCAGCCAUUUCGAAGUGAGGCCCCUCUUGGCGUCUCUAUAUUGACCAAGGUCUUGGGUGAGAUGGGACUCAAGUUUGGCUGUGGUCAACUUCCAGGCCAAGGGCUCGUUUGUCUUGAGCAGCAGGCGGCGAACCUUCCUGGAGCUUACCCGGCACUGACGUCGGCCCUUGAGGAGAAGGCGCCACAAGGUGAUCCGAUCCCGAAUGGAUUGGCCUUUCGGAGACCAUUCCGCCCCGCCCAUCAACACCUUCCUGCAGUUCUGCUCCGCCAACCGUCGAACUGUCCGGCGUGGAACAUGGGUGGAUUUCGUAUGUUCGUGUCCGCCAAGGAGACUGUGCAAGUCAAAGUUGAUCCACAGGCCACGGUGAUUGGAGGCAACGUGUUUGUCAAGGGUAGUACCCGGCGGCCAGGAUGGGCACGUCAGGCGUCGCAAAGAUACCGUCAAUCGUAUACCCAUGGAGGUUUCGCUGGAGGACAAGUCAUCAUUGGCAUCGAUGCCCAAGAUGAUGGAACAACCGUUGUCGCGCCAUUUGUUGAUUGCCGUCGAGAGGUCCUUGAUGAAAGCUUCCCUGGGUUCUGCGUCGCGGUUGGUGCGGCUGAAGUGGGCCUUGUGUUGGAACCAUACUGUUUGAUGCCCGUUGUUGGGUGGGUUUGGUCGGUAGGCAGAGAUCACCACCAAGUCGCGCUGGCCAACGCCUUGUGUUUGGCCCUGAAGACGUAUCCAAGCCCAUUGCCCCAAGCUAUCGUCGCCACUGGACCUGACUUGGUGAGAGACUUCAUUGAAGGCAGAAGUCGAGUUGCCCCCAAAUUGAGUGGUAGAAUGGGCCACCCGUGGUUGAUGGGUAUUGUAGGCCACCGCCGAAUGGAAACCUUUGCCCUUCCUAGCCAUAGUGCUGGCUCGUUCACGCCAUCGGUUGGUUGGUGUAAUAGCUGGCCAUAA